UUACCUCUUAAGAGUGAUAUAAAUAAUAUAAAUUAGAUUGUAGAAUUGAAAAAAUGAUAUUAAAUAUUGAAUUGAAAACUGAAAAUCAUUUAAUUUGACCGAGUCAUAGAUGUUUUGAAAUAUUGAUAAUUUCGAAGACAAUGUUAUAACGUGGGUGGUUCACACAAUAUUAAAAAAAAUCCAUAGAGUUUCGUUAGGAUUUCACGUUGUCUUUAAAUAUUUCCCUUGGCAUAUGUAAUGCUAUAAUAUCUAAAAUUAAUUAGGUGUUCCUUCUUCUCUUCUCUUUGAUGCAAAUAAAAUAUAUUAACAAAAUCAUGAAAGCACUUACUUCAAUCAUCGCAUUCUCCAUAGUUGUUGUUUUUUCGCAAGCAACACCAACAUUGCUAGCUCGGCUUAAACCUCAAAUGAACCAAUUUUCUGCGCUUGACGUUCUUCAACCACAGAAUGUGAAUGAACAUUGCUUUUACAAAGCUGUGAUAAGGACAGGCUGUCUUUCUCCACCUCAUACAAAAGACAGAAUCACUCUUUCAUUUGGAGACGAUGAACACGAACCGGUAUUUUCUCCGAAAAUGAAUGGUCCUGAUACUGAUUCUACAUCGUUCGACCAGUGCAUGACAACAAUUAUACGGUUUGAAGGAGGUUGUUUGGACAAAAUCUGCAAAUUGAAUAUAUUUAGGAAAGGUUCAGAUGGUUGGAUGGUAGACUAUAUCAUCAUAGAUGACCAUAAGAACUACCCUAGCACCAUAUUUAACUUUGGUGGUCGUUAUAAAAUUCCUGAUGGUGAUGUUGGCUAUGGUCUCAACCUUUGCUAAUAAAGAUAAGCUUACUCUAUUGUAUGGAGGCUAUCUAGUUACACUCUAAAUAACUGUUUUAUGUUUUGACAUAAUAGUUUCUUUAUGAAAAUGAUAUCAAAUUUGGAUGUCAAACUUAUUCCAUCUUUGAAAUAUUUACAUAUGUAUUAAAGAUUAUUUUUUAACUUGACAAAA